UACAGGUACCGUCCGCGGAGGCUCCGUGUAUCCAAAUUCCACCAUGGUAUACUUUAUCAUAUUAAAAUCCUAUCGCCUAGUUUCGGUGAACCGAGGCUUACAAAUUGGGUUCUUGUCGCAUCCCACAUAGGCAGAUAAAUUUACAUGGUUUUCAGUUGGGGCAUUACUGAUCCUCCCACAAUACGUUGGGAGGAGGUACCAUUAUCCCGGGCGUGGAGCAAUAUGAGAUCAUAUGGGAUGUGGUUUAGCUUCCAUUGAUUGAUGCCGUCUGUUUCUUUGUCCAAUAAUUGAAGCUUCCUCGGACCCGGCCACUUGCGCCGGGGCACCUUGCCUAGGCAAGGCGGAUAGGUUUGUAAUCAAAAACCGACUCAUGUAUUAGUCGUGGGUAAAAGUAUAAAUACGUUUGUCCGACGGUCGCUGUUUAGAUCCUAAUUUAGACGGGUAAGCAAACGAGAAAGUGAAACAAUUGCAUCAUCCAUCCAUCGAAGCUCCCCCUCCUCCUUCGCAUCCCCGCCCCCACUAUACCGAAUCGAAGAAUCGCGACAAAGAAAGUAAUAAGUCACGAUGAAGGCUCUUGCGAUUGUCGAAAAGGGCAGGGCCGAGAUUAGGGAGGUCCCGAUUCCAAAAGUAAUCGACGGGUUUGUGCUUGUCAAAGUCAAGGCUGUUGGCAUCAACCCGACCGAUUGGAAGGGCAUCGAAACCCGUACUGUGCCUAGCGGCGUCCAAAUAGGGCUAGACUAUGCCGGAGUUGUCGAAGAGGUCGGCAAUGGAGUGACGAAUUUUAAGAAGGGCGAUCGCAUAGCUGGUGCUAUCUUCGGCUUAAAUGAGCUCCAUCCCGAUUGGGGUGCCUAUGCUGAGUACUUGAUCGCUAAAGCCGACGUGCAAACCAAAAUCCCCGACAACGUCACCGACGCGCAGGCAGCUACUCUCGGUGUUUCUCUGUUGACAGUGGCUCAAGGUCUCUACAAAGUUCUUAAGCUCCCAUGGCCCACCACGCCUGCCAAGGAGCCCUUUCCCAUUUUCAUCUACGCAGGUAGCGCCGCAACAGGUGUCUACGGGAUCCAGUACGCAAAGUUAUCGGGUCUGACUGUAAUUACGACCUCGUCGCCGCACAACUUUGACUACUUAAAGUCGCUCGGCGCAGAUGCCGUCUUCGACUACAAGUCGCCGACAGUCGCAGCCGAUAUCAAGGCACUUACCGGCAACAAAUUGAAGUACGCAUGGGACUGCACGGGUGAUGGUGGGGCUAUCGUCGCUAAUGCUCUAACGGAUGCUGAGGAGAGCCAUUACGCGACUAUUAUGCCGGUGGAUAAGGAUCUUGUCCAUGGUAUUAACCCCAAGGUCGACGGCCCCCACGCGCAUCUAGGAUAUAACACAUUUGGCGAGGCGUACAAGUGGUUCGGUAAUGAUGGAAAGUGGGGGAGUAGUCUUGUUACUCCUGACCCUGAGGAGCAUGAUAACCUUGCGCGCUUCCAUCAAUUGACCUACGAUUUGUUGAAGAGCGGGGCGAUUAAGCCCAUUCGCACAGUCGAGAACCGUGGUGGCCCAGGUCUUGAGGGCGUGUUGACGGGGUUGAAGGAGUUGAAAGCUGGGAAGGUUAGUGGUGAGAAGCUUGUGUAUACCUUGUGAGGGAAAGAAAUGUAUUACUUCUCUAGGUACGGAGAACCGUAUCCGAUCUGGUGAAGUUCGUUUUAAAGUAAUAUAAUACUCAUCUCAUACUUGAUUUUUUUUUCU